AUGACGAAUCGUUAUGCUUUUGAAGCUUUGAAUCGAACACUCAUAGACAUCACUGGUGUUGAUUAUCCAUUUGGUGGCAAAAUUAUGGUGUUUGGUGGUGACUUUCGGCAAGUACUUCCAGUUGUUCCUAAAGGUACAAAAGCUGAAACUAUUGUUGCAUCGAUAGUCAAAUCAUCUCUCUGGAGUCAUAUUCAAAAACUUCGUUUAAAGCAAAAUAUGCGAUCUAUAAAUGAUCAACAGUUUGGUGAAUUUCUUUUACGUGUUGGAGAUGGUGUACAACCUACCAUUGCAGAUGAAAUGAUCAAAGUACCAACAUUGAUGGCAAUACCAUGGCAUGGCGAAGAAUCAAUAGUUCAACUAUUACAAGAAAUUUAUCUUGAUAUCAGAAACCAUUCCUUUGAUGCCGGGUAUAUGGUUAGUAGGGGCAUAAUAACUCCUCGCAAUGAAGAUGUCGACAAGCUCAAUGAGAAAAUCAUUCAAACAUUUCUAGGAGAAUCAAGAGUGUACCACUCAUUUGAUAAAGUUGAAAAUGAUACCCAAAAUUUGUAUCAACAAGAGUUUUAA